AUGGAAAUAGCGUUGGUUGGCCGGAGUGUGCACAAGAUGGAUCGCAUCUUGAUGAGCCAAUCAAAGCGUGGAACGGGCGUGGUCGGUGUGCAUGAGCGAGUGAGCGAGGAGGUACGAGCCGCCGCAUUUGGAGAGAGUGACUGUAUGCAGUGCAUAUCGACGAAUAUCGAAGAUUUAAUUAUGUCGUCGUCGACGUCCUCAUCUUCGCAAUCCGAGACGAAAGAUUCCACCUCAAACCAGCAAUCAUCACAAAUUGCUAAUUUGAAUUCGUUGACUUCAUCGCUCACCAACAACGUCAAUAAUAACCCUGCCGCUAAUAAUAAUAAUUCUUAUAUGGAUAUGGAUCAGAAGCCGUUUCAUGACUACCCUCCGCCACCGUAUAAUCCAUCAACGGCUACCAUUAAUUGUUAUCCACCGCUUGGCUCAUCGGAUUUCUCCCGGAACGCACCACCCGUUCCAUCGUACUUUUAUCAAACUUCAUUCCCCUCGUCGACGUCCACCUCGCCGUAUGGCGCUCAACCUCCACCGUCGCAUUUUUUGUACCAUCAAUCAGCGAGUUCACCUGAAGAUGGACGUAUUCACGAUUCAAAGAUAUCUCAGUUUAUCCCAAGAUACAUUCAUUAUCUGCAUCCACUCAACGGCAACAAAAUUGCAGCAUUUCCUGAGCAUUCCACGAAAAUCAUCGAAGGCGGUGAGGUGAGGAUAAACGGAAAAGGAAAACGCGUUCGGAAACCGCGAACAAUUUAUACGAGUCUUCAACUUCAAGAACUUCAGAAGAGGUUCCACAAAACCCAAUACCUCGCAUUACCUGAACGAGCUGAACUCGCCUCACGGUUGGGUCUUACGCAAACUCAGGUGAAUACAUUAGCAUCGAACUUUUGCAUAAUUACACUGAUCAAUUAUUUUCAGGUGAAGAUAUGGUUUCAAAAUCGACGAUCUAAACACAAAAAGAUGUCCAAGAAUGGUUUCACUGGUGAGCGAACAGGCUCGGAUGAAGAGGAAGGUGAGGAGGAGGAAGGAAGUUCUGUGGAUGGUGGUGUAUCAUCACCGUCUCAACAAGCUCAUGAUGUCCUAAAUCCUGAUCAUCAGCAAGUCACACGAACCCCUCAACAGCAACAACAGCCACCCACCCAACCAACCCAACUUACCCAACAACCUUCUCAACAACCCCAACAGCAACAACCCCAGCCCCAAACCCUUCCGCCAACUCAACAAACGCCAUCGUUGGAAGCCACCUGGGGUUUGCACCUGCAUCAUACAGUCAACCCGCUGUCAAUGCCACCCCCGGUGAUGCCACAACCCACACCUCUACCGUCAUUCGAUAAGUACGUUGAACCGGUGGACGUUAAGCCAUAUGUUUACGAUCCAAUGGCUAGCUACUAUCCACAGCCAAACGCCUAUAUGUCACAUUACAAUUAUGGAAGUGCUAUAUGA